AUGGCAAAAUAUUGUAAUGAAAUUGGUAAAUUUUGGCAGCUGCAUGCUGAUGCUAUUCCAAUCGUUCUGAUCAAUAUAGCUGCUACAACUUGUGAACAAUCAUAUAUUUUUAGAGCCAAUCAAUUUAAAAAGCCGUUGAAUUUAUAUAACUGUGUUGUUGCAAAAAGUUCAUACGGGAAAAGUCCAAUGUUAGGUUUGGUACAAUCGUCAAUUUUAGCUGUUCGAGAUUCUAGACCAAUGAAGUUUCGAGAAGUAGGAGAUAAAUUGAAUGGUUCGAAUCAUAUUCGUGUUAUUUUUAACGAAGCAACGACGGCUGGUGUAUUAGAUUCAUUAAAAGGAUGUACAAGAAUGUUGAUGACAGAAGAAGGGGAUGUUAUUUUACAACGUAUGGGAGCUUUCCUGUCGCCUACUGUGGGAGGUCGUAAUUCUUCUGUUCUGGAUGAUUGCCGAGCUCAACUCAUCAAUUUAUAUGAUCAUCCUGAACAAUAUUCAAAAAGAUUGAAGAAUUCUAUCGUAGAAGUUAGUGAUUCAAAAUUAAACAUACUAGCUGGACUAACUGGUGAAUUAAUUCAGCGAGUGAUCACAAGACGAGCUCAAAAUACUCUUGCUGAUGCCUUUAACUAUACUAUAGGAGCAAUGGAAGAACGUGAUGAUCAUUUGGCUAGUCGAUUCGGUAAAUCGGUUGAUGCAGUGCAUAGACUUGCUGGUCUAUGUCAAAUUAUUGAAUUCGCAUCGGAUAUGGUUAAAGCAUUUGUUCAAAGACAUGGUGGCUUUGAAGAUGAAUCAAUUUCAAAUGAAUUUUUAACUAAAUGUGUUGGAGAACGAAAUACGGCACCGAUUAUUUUGAAUACAAAUGCUAAUGAUACAAAUACUAAUGAUACAAAUACUAAUGAUACAAGUGCUAAUGAUACAAGUUGUAAUGGUACAAGUCGUAAUAAUACAAGUAGUAAUAAUACAAGUAGUAAUGAUACUAGUCGUAAUGAUACAAGUAGUAAUGAUACAAGUCGUAAUGAUACAAGUAGUAAUGAUACCAGUGCUAAUGAAAAUUUUUCAUGUAAUCGUGAUCAUGAUAUGCCUUUGAACAACUACACGUUGAAUAAUGAUGUAAAUGAAAAUUUCUUACAAAAUGAAGAUUCAACAGUGUCAGCGGUUGAGAAUAAUGAUAAUCAUGUUGAAGUUGAUGAACAAAUGUUUAUUACAUCAGGUAAGUUACAUUUUCAUUGUUUGUCACCAUUUCGCGUAUUUUCCAUCGAUAGAACUUAUGACAGUUGA